CACAUCAAGAUACAAAAAGGAAGCGUAGCUGAAUCCGUCUCCGUCAUGAAGCUUUCGCCGUCAUUUCUUCUCCUGUUCUCGUGGUUUGCCGUCUCAACUGCUUCAAUUGACCUGAAUCUCGGUGACCAGUACGGAUGUUCUUUUGACGCUGAUGUCUGCGGCUGGGCCAUAGAAGGCCCAGUCAACCACAUGGGUCCGGGUGUGUGCGAUCACGGGUGGCCAAACGAUGCACUUCAGGGUGUUACCGCCCCCGGUAGGUACAUGUGCUUCCACCUGGAGAGUCUGCCUGUAGGCACGGACAGAGCCCGACUGACCAGCCCGGCCAUCAACACGACCCACCCUGUAGUGAUGAGCUUCGCCGUCGGAACAGUCAGGCCGCCCAACUCUACAUACCUCAAUGUCUUCACGUUGAACGAGACUAGUACAGAGCGACUGCUUUGGUCAACCUCUGACCUCCUAUCCCCAUGGCAACAUGUACUAAUUGGCGUGGUGCAGCCAGGGCCUUACAAAGUCGUGAUUGAAGGAACUUCGAAUCCUCCCGACUUGCCAAACUUUGGCAUUGACAACUUGACCCUUACUGCUGUUGAAAAUUUAACUACGACCGAGGCCAUGCCAACAACUGAAUCUUACACCGACAGUGUGAGCACAGUUCUUAUGACAGGUGGCCAAGACGAGACCACUUUACCGGCGAUAACCGACAGCUCACAUAAUUCCGCAUUUAAAACGACCGGUUACACAAAAGAAACGUCUAAACCAUCUGACCCUUCCAAGACUCCCUCAACGACGUCUAAAUCGGAAGAGGCACCAACGGAAUCCGCCCAACGCGGAGACGCCAACACCAUCCCUAUCGCCCUUGGAACAACGGGUGGUAUCCUGGUCGUGGCCAUGGCAAUCGGCGCGUUCGUUCUCUGGAAGAAAUAUCCCAAGAAGGCGGUAGUGUCUCCAGGCAAAACUCCCGAAGUUCACGACCAAGUCCCUUAAAUGAAUUGAUUUCCAACUAAAAUUAAUCUAAAUCUGUUAAAAUGGCCCCUAAUCAGUUUGUAAUUUUGUUGCCCUAACCUAUUGAAACAUUCAAAUAAAAUGAACACUUUUUUUUCUUUUAACAAAUGAGCUUAAAAUAUCAAGUGGAAGUUGAGGUUAUAGAAUUCAGAGGACAUGGACGUUUAACAACGCGGCGAGUAGAAUCGGACAAAAACAUGGAAACUAAGAUGAAGAACAAUUCAAUUAAUGCUACAACAUUACUAAAUAAAGUCAUAUGCUCUCAAUCCACCCAAAAUCAAAAGAUGUGGACUGUCAAAGAUAUUGAUAACGCAAUUUCGUUAUUUCCUACUCUCUAUAUUAUAAUGAGCACAGCAAGUGCAGUGGUAUGACAAGAAAAUAUGUGCCUAUAAGUAAGAAGUUGACUCAACAUACGAUGCCGGACGGGCUUUUCAAGUCUUGAAAACAUUUGUAGCAUAGUAAA